GAGGGAGGGGGGGAAUUGUAGUCACAUGAUGAAUGCGGAAGUCUGACUUGCUCUGGAGAAUCAUCAGGGAAAAUAAACGUAUUUGCAGAAACUGGUACAAGGACACACGCACACACGUGGGUAAAUCCGUGGAUGCGGACAUGGAGCAUCGGUUAGGGCGGGCGCCGGUGCUGUCUCCGCUGGAGGAGUCGAGUGAAGAGGUGAGCCGAGACAGCGGGAUCGUGUCCCAAAGCGCCAGCACUGUGUCCAUGCUGAGUGAGGGCCUGAGCAACGGAAACGUCUCCCAGAGCCCCAGCUUCGGGCUGAACGUCUCCCAGAGCCCCAGCUUUGCCGGGAACGGCUCGGAAAGUCCCAGUUUCGGCGGUGACGUGCCUCAGAGUCCCGGGCCGGACGGUGGUGAUGGUAAUGAUGAUGAUGAUGGUCAGGAGGAUGAGAUCCUGAGACAGACUGCGCUCAGUUACUCCUCUUAUAUCCGAGCAGAUGCAGGAGAGGAGAUUUUAUGUCUGGAGAAGAGUCUAGAAGAAAUGCUCACUCGAGUGGACGAGUUUGUGGGGAUGCUGGAUAUGAUACGCAAUGACACAUCUCAGAUUGUGAACAUCAGCUUGCCCCAGAUUCACCAAAAAUCUGAGGACAUGAGACAGAUUUACCGGAAAAUCGACAAGCUGGAGUCUUUCGUGAAGAUGGUCGCAGCCAACGUGAGCGCCAUGGAGGAGCAAGUAAUCGAGGCUGAGGGCGAAGCCCGGACUCUGCCUGGAGCGUUCAAAAAGAUUUUCCGAACAAUGAACGUCUCUGGAUUCUUAAAUAAACCGUCCAGCCCCAAACGAGCAGCACAGCAACACCAAGAGAUUCCCUGCGUGUUCAGGACCGACGAUUUCUUCCCCGUUCAGCCCGAACCAUGACGACAGGGGAAAAAAAAUAAAAAACCCACACAGUAGCAUCGAUCUCGCACCGUUCCCGCCAAAAAAAAAAAGGUCAGAGACGGCCCCUCGCCUCCGACAGCAAUAUUGAAGCGGUACUGGAGAACGCCGAUCACAGCCGAGCACUAUUUUAGCACACCGUGUAGAAGGCAGCUAGUUUUAUAACGAGAUUAAUUUUUUUUUUUUUCUUUUUAUUUUGAAGGACUUUUGUUUAAAGUGCCUCUAAUUGGAAACGUCGCAGUUUUCAUUCACAUGGAAGCAAAUCAGGCAUGUUGUCGAGAUUAGAUCUUUAUAUCGCACUCAAAAUGUAUCAACUUUCUUUCAUCAUCUCUGAAGGUCGUUCUGGAAGAUACAGGCUUGUAUGAAUACGCUCAUGCUAAUGCUUAAUGGUUUCUAUGGUAACGAAGGCUGACAUAUGUACAAUAUAAAAGCCUAUAAGAAACCUGAAGCACUCUUGAGUUGUCUUCAUCGCCUGGAGGUUUUGGCUCAAUUCCAUGUAAGCAGGAGGAACUGGAUCUGGGCUGACUCUACCCUCUGGACUUUUUGCUCUUCGCUUCGGGUUAUAUGGAAAAACAAGAGCAGAAAGUGGAGUUUUCUUUAAUAUCACAUAGGGUUCCAGUUCCUGGAGUUUUAAGGAGUGAGAUCACGUACCAUUUUGUUCAUACCGUGAUCAUAUCUUGUGAUUGAAUUCAAAUAUCUCUGUAUGUUGCACAAAGGAUUGUCAACACAUGCCUACAAACACCGGAAAGAUUUUCUGAGGUUUUUAAUUCCGAUUUUUUAUAGUGUAUUUUGUUUUGAUUCUGCCAAGAUUUUUCUUUUCUUUCGCACUAACAUAACUAAUUUCACUGUAACUCCAAAGACGUUUAUUUCAAACCUGCGUUCAAUUCAACAAUGUGAUACGCUGUAUUCUGAUACAACGCCACGGCUGCUUGUGCUUCUUGUUCAUACUGUAAAUGUCCAAUUUAUCUCCUUCAGACCACAGAAACAGAGAUCUGUGGAUAUUCCUGUUUUAAAUAGUCUUUUUUUUUUUUUACGCUUCAACUUAGCCUUGUGUUAUCAGUUAGCCUGACUGUUAAUUUAGCUAAUUCAAUGAAGCGAUUUGUAUGGAAUGUACAUUUAUUUAUAAUAAAAACAAAAUCGAAAUAUUAUUGUUUAA